CAGCUGUCUACAGAUUUUCUUUGUUUGUCAGCGAGUCUGAAGACACCGUACAAGUACCGUCUAUGACGCGUACCGAACGCUGUUCGACUUCGAAGAUGCGAUCACAGGUCCUAUCUCUGUAUAAGUUGCUGCAGAGAACAAGUCAAAGCACUUUUCUUGGAGAUGUCAAAGCUCUUGAAGCUGCAAAAUUAAGGAUUCGGGAUGAAUUCAAAUCAAAUAAGGAUGUCACUGAUCCCAAGGCUUUAAAGAAGUUAUUGAAGACAGGUGAAGAUGUUCAAUUAUUGCUCAAGACAUCUGUUGCUCAAGGUAUUCACAAGGAAAAUGGCAAAUACUCACUGAGAAUUCAUGAACAUCUUCUGAGGGAAGAUAAUGCACCCUUGCCAUGUAAAAAGGAAAACAAGGAUGCAAGUGAAACUAAAAGAUGAAGUUACCAUGGUGAUCAGUGGAUAUCCUGCCUUUUGGGCUUUGACAUGAUGAGUUAACAUGUUGCAUUUUGAUGUACCUUGGACAACGUGAGGACAUUGAUGGACCGAUCGAUGAGGUGCUGUACAGAGAGAGUAUACAAAUUUCAGCUUUAAAAUGAGCUAGGAAAGUUUUGUCUGUAUCAACAAAUCAACAGAUUGUGAUGCAUGUUGUAUAUUCAAUAUAAAGUUUGAGCAUGAUGCCUUCUGUUGAUAGAUCUUCUUUCAUUACUGGAUGAUUAUUCAUAUCUCUACUAUUUAUGUAUACUCCAGGGCCUACUCCCGGGGGGGCCACUUCCAUUCACGAGUGGAUACCAUGCGCGACCAUAGGGUCUCGAAAAAAGCACCCUAAACACGUAAUUUCCAUAUUCUGAAAAUGCACCCCUUGACAAGUAUUGGCGUGUGAAACCCUAUACCCUCAAUAAGUAUUGGAAACAAAACGAUACUCUUGGCAAAUAUUCCCUGAAAUGAACCCCUAAACAAGUACAGGAAUGUUUUAUUGUUACGGGUCCUUUGGUCGUCGGCUUUGCCUUAUUUGGUUUAAAAUACGACCCCACCUUCUACACCUCGCGCAAAUACGAAACGUGCCCUAUCGUGAAAAGGACAUCCUUUUUACUUGUUUUUUUGGUCGCGCAUGGUAUCCCCUCGUCAAUGUAACUGGCUCCCCCAAGGGCCUACUUUUGUUUGGGGUGUUUUUAUGAAUACACACAGAAUUACCCCAAUAUCAUAUGUGCUCAUUUAUUUCAUUAUUUCUCUCACAAAAAUUUUGCAAUAUCAAACAAAAGUAAAUUCAUUAGUAAAUUUCCUUCAUUAAAUCAAUACACGUAUUUUCAUUUUGUUGAUAAUUGGCUAUGAUGCAAGCUGUAUGAUAACCUACAUAAGAGAAGUGUUGUUUAUGGAUGAUAGCAAAAAAAUUACAUUUCUGAAUGUGAAGAUUGCUUAUCAGCCAAAUGGAAUAAGUGAUUUAUAUUUAUAUAAUGCAUGUCUUGUGAAAGUGCCAUUGACUUGUCAAGAUGGCAAAUUGUCUCAUGAAAAGUUGUAUGUCAACAUGACGAGAUAAGUUAUCUUCUCUGUUUUAUUUUUCACCAUGCAUAACAAAAAUAGAUUUAAAAAUGUUACAUUGAUAAUAAAAAAAAUAAUACACAGUAGGAACUAAGCAUAAAGAAAAUAUGUUUGAAGUGCAGAGUCCCUAAAUAACAUUGUAGGUCAGUAAUUUGUUUAACUGAAUAUGCUCAAAAUAAGCAUUAAUAAAAUUCAGAAAAAAAACUAAAUUAAAACAAAAAAAUAAAAUGCAUCUUUUGUGAUAAUUAUCAAGUGGACAUAUGAAAAUAUGUAUUGCCUAUAUCAUGGCAAAAAUUUGACAAGUUGGGAUUGAAGUAUAUUUCCUAUAUAGCAAUGGCAGGUGCAUAAAUUUUGACUGGGUACAGUCAAGAAUUCAUCUACAUGUGGUUUGAAUAAACAAAGAGAAAUUUUCACAGCCACUUAAUGGUAAGAUAAAAUUUUGAUAAUAGAGGAUGUGGGGUUGGAAUAGACCAUUCAGAUGGAAGAGGGACAUGCUGAAUGAUAAGUUUAAACAAAGAUUCAUUAUGAGAGACAGAUUGGACAAUGUUGCAAUGGAAUAUUCAAAUAAAAGAAACGGAGAG